AUGGCGAAUCGCAACUUAAUUCCGUUCCUGGUCACGAUGAUGCUAGUGACCGGGGUUUGUAAUACUAUUCUCAACAAGUAUCAAGACAUGCAAUGUGUGCGUAACUGUGACUCUCCUGACCCUCAGGAGUGGAAGACGUUUGAACAACCGGUUAUCCAAACUGAUCUAUUUGAACAGGGCGCAGAUGUUCUUGGGGGGGAAGAUGGAAUCCUCGACGACGACGAUGAUAACACAAUUAGCGGCCUGAUCCCUGAUCAAGAGCGCUUGAAUAAGCCAGAGUCAGAAGAUGAUUUUAGGAUUCCGCUUCGUGGAUGGAGAAUUCUUCUCCUUGCCGCACCAUCCUGCUGUGACAUUACAGGUACGACGCUCAUGAACGUGGGCCUGCUCUUUGUAGCCGCCAGUAUCUACCAGAUGACCCGUGGAGCCUUGGUUCUGUUCGUGGGAUUGUUCAGUGUUAUUUUCCUCCGCCGGAAGCUGUACUUGUACCAGUGGUCUGCACUAGUCAUUGUCGUGCUCGGCGUAGCUGUUGUUGGUCUUUCUGGUGCCCUCUUCAGCGGCGACAGCAGUCAAGUUCAGAAUGAUAGCAUUUCGACACAAACCGCAGAUGUCCCGGAUGCCGUGCAGUCCGUUUUAGGAGUGCUGCUUAUUGCCGCGGCUCAGAUCUUCACGGCCUCGCAGUUCGUACUUGAGGAGUGGAUCCUCGAGAACUAUGCUAUGGAUCCUAUCCAGGUUGUAGGAUGGGAAGGUAUCUUCGGUUUCUCGGUGACCUUGAUUCUGAUGGUCAUUUUGCACUUGACUAUUGGAAGCACCACAGCUGGCCAGUAUGGCUACUUCGAUAUGAAGGAGGGAUGGCACGAGAUCGUUUCAAACCGCGCUGUGACCAUCUCCAGCCUCGCCAUCAUGGUUAGCAUUGGGGGCUUCAACUUCUUUGGUUUGUCCGUCACUCGUAGCGUUUCCGCCACCUCUAGAAGCACAAUCGAUACCUGCCGUACCCUCUUCAUCUGGGUCGUAUCACUUGGACUAGGCUGGGAAUCUUUCAAGUGGCUUCAAGUUGUUGGAUUCGUUCUUCUUGUCUAUGGAACCUUCCUGUUCAACGAUAUCGUUCGGCCUCCUCUCAAGGCUUGUCUACCAAGUGUAAACCGGGAAGGCGAGGUUUUACUCCCAGAAGACCCAAUCGAGCACAUCUAA